AUGCAUCCUGAACAAUCUUGUGGUAUGCCGAUGUUAAAUGAUAUUUUACUACCUUGGAACCACAAAGAACAGCCAAGCAAUCUAUUUCUAUCUUUCAAGAAUUCGGAUGGUUGUAUUGUCCAUGUACCAGUUACCACUUCGAAUAUCAAUAGUUUGAGAAAUAGCGCUGACUCACUGAUUAUAUCUGAACUCAAUAAACAAAUGAAAGAAAAACUUGAAACUGGAAGUAAAGAAUGUGGUCCGUUUCUACUUCCUGGGUCAACUUUUUUCCUAGACAGUAAUCCUCGUCCUCGUAGGAAAGCCACUAUUUCACAUCAAUCCAAUAGUGUUAGUUAUUUUAAGAAAGAAAAUUCACGAAGAAAUAAUGAUACCUACAACAACCUCAGGGACUCAGUGACUGCAAACAGUGGACUUCUUGAUGUGACUGAAUUGGAAAAAAUCUCCAGUGCAUUUGUAAAUAGACGGAUAGAAAUGAAUCUUUCACAAACUGAUGUUGCCAUUUCAUUGGGAAAACUCUAUGGAGUACAUCGUAGUAUAUCUGUGAUUUCAAGAUUUGAAAGAAUGAAUUUAAGCCUAAGCAAUUAUUUGAAAUUUUAUCCAGUUCUGUUAAGAUGGUUAAAAGAUAGUGAGACUGCUGAAGGUCGAGAUACAAUUAUUCGGGCUAUUGUCGACUCUAGGAACAAUAUUGAUAAUAAUGAUAAUAAAUCACCAGUUAAAGAGAGUAAUUCUCAGGUGAAAGAUCCAAUUUCAUUCAAUUUUCCAAAAAGACACCAGAGAACAGUACUAUCUGAUUCUGUAAAAUGUGAACUGGAAAAAGCUUAUCAACAGAAAACAUGUAUGAACAAAUAUGAUUUUAAAGAAUUGGCUAUGAAACUGAAUAUUGAUAAAAAAACUAUUCAAGUUUGGUUCUACAAUCGUCGUAAUCGUAAUAUAUUAGUCAAUCGAAAAAGAAAAUUGAUAAAACCGAGACAAAGAUAA